CUGGAUCUCACGACUAUUGGGCCCGGACAGAGGCCCACGUAUGCUCAAUAGAUAGCAUUUAUCUCAUUGUACACUCUUUUAUUCAUUUGUACCCAUUAGAAUCUAUUAAACAUCAUCUAUUAGCCAUUUAUUGGCCUUUUAUUGUAACUGGGCCUUCCAGGCCCAAGCCUGGGAGCCCAGCCCACUUUUCUACUAUAAAUACUCCCUAAGGGAGUCAUGUAAAGGGUUGGAAAAUCAUUAUAUAUAUCACUUUAUCUCUCUAGCUCUCUCUUCUCUCUAGAUAAUAAUCUAUCAUUUGGUGCUUUCAUUGAGAGCUAGGAUAGAUCAAGUGAGAUCCUCCCCCACCAAUAAAACUCCACGUCAAUGACCAAAGGGGUACGCCUCGGCCCUAGCCAUGCAACACAUCCCAUCGGCUGAGCAACAUGACACCCGAUGUACAUUCAAACGUGUGGCUAAAUUACCCACCCUAGCCAAGUUGUCAAUCGGCUCUCUCAUAGGGGUGGCAGUUCAACGGCCAUGUGGCAGCUCUAUAAGUUCACAGCUCAGUCCACUUGAACAUGAUAACAUUUCGGCCGUAGCUGGAGGAACAUGGCCCACCCGUGAAGCAGCAAUCCACUGGUCAACUGUACCAAGGUUCCAUGGGUGAAGAAAAACACCCCUGCUACACCAUCGGCCAACAGUGCACCAAGCAUCGGCCAAGCAUCGGCCAAAUUCAUAAUCCGCAUGCCAAAUUCCCACUGGCCAAGAAAGUCGGUACCCCAAACUAUCCCUCAGCCGAAUGAGACCAUCAUCCUGGAGCAACAGGUGGGUUCUCUUCGGCCAAAUGCCAGCCUGAGUUCUACCUCGGCCAAGUGGGACCUCAUCUUCGAGCAGCAGGUGGAUCCUCUUCGGUCAAACAAAAACCCAUCGGCUAAAACAGAGGAAAGGCAGCCCCUUCGGCCAAGAAAAGUCAGUCAGCGCCCCGACCACCGGUCUAGAGUGCCGCCUUCGGCCAAAGAAAGUCAGUGUGCAACGGCUCCAUCACCACCGGUCUAGAGUUCCGCCUCGGCCAGAUUGUACAAACAUCAACACCGGUCCUGGAGCCUUCGUCGUCAGCCUAGGAGCACCUCCUUCGUCCAAGGUCAUCGGCCAGCAGUGCACCUUCGGCCAGGACUCCUCAACUUUGCCAAAAAUUCAAUCAAAAGAAAAGCAAAGCGGAGAGCAGUACCUUCUUCGUCCAGGGUCUCCCUCCCCGGCAAAACAUCACAUCUGCCAAAACAAAAACGAAGAGUACGAUGCCUCGGCCAACCCACGUUUUCACUCCUAUGACAAAGGGAAAUAUCAGUGAGCCCCUCGACCAUUGUAGCGCCUCGUCAGACAUAUACUCCUCGGCUAAAUAGCUUCAUCGUCCAGAAUCGGAGUCAACUCGGCCGGAGCAGGAUCAUCGUCGCGUCGUCCCUAGUCCCAUCGACGCCAAAUCACAGACCCGUCGGCCAAAUUGAGGUCUUCGUUUCCAGAGUUCCGGGCCAGGGGGAGCUGCUACUCUACCGUUUCCUGGCCUUGGCCUCGCGACAGGUGACAAGCCGGGUUAAUUCGGGCGAGGACGGUGGGAAUCUCCUCGUCCACGGGGGACUCCAGCUCCUUCUAGCGGAUGAAAUUGGCAAUUGAACACCUGGGACGCUCCACCGGAUCUAUUAAAACGGUGGGCUAGAAGGUUGUAGGCCGGCUAUUAACCUCAAGGACUAGGCUCUCAAAGAGCAGGCCCAAUCUACUCUCUCUCCAGCAGGCUUCUAAGGAGCACAGACUUCAGC